CUAAAUUGGAAUCUGAAAUUGAUGCUAUUAAAGAAGAUGUUGUGACGAAAAAUGCUUCUUCAAAUGAUGAAGAAUUCACCCAAAUCCCCCUUUACAAAAAUCCCUUGUCCUCCCCCAAAAUUCGAGUUCCGAGUCAAAUACGUCAUAUUUCAACCAAUCUAUAAAUUGUUCUGUCAGAGAAGUGGCCGUCAACUAUUCUCCUGACCAAUCGUCAAUGGAUAAUUCCAUAGCAAAUCUACCAGUGAUUCGGCCGACUAUCUCAAAAAUGAGUGAAACUUGGCAUAGUUGUGCAAUAUGUUUUGAUUCGUUUACAAAUUAUGGAGAACAUAGAUUGGCUUGUUUAAAGUGUGGACACUUGUUUGGGUUUAAUUGCAUAAAAAAAUGGUUGCAGGAUAAUGACAAAUGUCCCCAGUGUAAUGCUAAGUCAAGAAUUAAGGAUAUUCGAAUUUUAUAUGCCAGGGUCAUAAAAGUUAUUGAUACAGUGGAAAAAGAUAAAGCUUUAGAAUUAGUUGAGAAAGAAAAAGAACUUAAAUAUAGGAUGGAGCUAAAACUCUUAGAAUCAAAAGUUAUGCUGGAGAUGACUCAGAAAGAAUGUUAUUCUUUAAGAAACCAAGUUUCUUUGUAUCAAAAGCAACUAGAAACCCUUACAAACACAUACAAUAUACAAACUUCAUCCUUUGACAUUGAAAGCAACUCAAGGAAUCAAACAUAUCAUUUAAAACAUUCUUUAGACAUAAGCAAGGAUGGUUCAUGUAGGGUUAUGGCAUACGAUCCAUCAAUGAACCUUCUGGCUGUUUCGCAAGGCAAUGAUUCCCCUAUUGUAUCCAAAUUUGGAGUUAAAAAGGUCAACAUAUUAGACAUGAAAUUAGGAGAAUAUGUAGGUAUCCAUGACAAACCUAUCAAAGACCUUUCAUUCAAUAGCCAUCCUUCCCAAACAUCAUCAUCUUCUAUAAACGAAACUUUACUCCUCUCUGUAUCUUUGGAUAAAUGUGUACAUUUAACUAGCAUGAAUAGCAAUACAAUUAUACAAAGAUACUACACAGAGUUUCCGUCUUGGAGUUGUUGCUGGAAUGGCAACAAUUUGAACCAAUUUUACAUUGGUUCAUCUAACGGAAUAAUAUCAAUGUUCGAUUUAAGAAACACCGCCACACAUUUGUGUCAGUUAACCGAAUGUCAACAAAUGUCUAAAUCUCCUAUAGUAUGUUUGCGUGAUAUCGAUCCCCCGGACAUUCAUUGCAAUCCCUCUAAUAAUGGAGGAAUUCUGGUUGGUCAACUUGACAAAUGCUAUUACUUUCACCAAAAUUCUAAUCUAAUUUUUUCACCAAAGUUACUGGAACUUGAAGGAAGUUUGGUUGAUAUCAAUUACGAUAAAUACACUAGGCACGUUUUAUCUUCCUAUCGACCAACGAGCAAACAUCGAACUACAAGAUAUCAAUUAUUUACGAUACCCGAACCACUCGACUCGAUUGAAGCCGAACUAGCUCAAUCUCCUCAAGAAAAUAAUAUUAAUAUACCAUUUAUUGAUUGCAACUUGAUUCACACGUUUAAAGGUGGCAGCAUUCAAACACUAUUAACCAAAUCACAUAUGUUCAUAAAUCCAGAGUGCAAUUUGGACUAUAAACCAGGCGAAGUAAUAUCUAAGAAAAAUAUUGCUGGAGGGUCUCUGCAAAUAUGCGCAGGGGAUGAAGAAAGCAAACAAAUAUUUAUAUGGGACGCACAAACCUCUAAAUUAAGGCAUAGAUUGCACACACUGACUUAUCCCAUCUUGGAUGUUUUAUCAAUAACAAAUCAUCUGCCAAAUCAUCUAUUACUCGGACUCUCUUCAAAACAAUUGCAAAUAUACAAAUGGAAAGAAGCUUCUGAAUAAUUCAAUUUAUGAUAUAUCUUUGCUUUAUUGUUAGAUUGCUUCAAACGUUUGUUCAACAUUAUUUUUGUCAUUGUCCAGUGAAAAGAUGAAACUUAAAUUGGAUAAUCUUUUUUUACAAUCUUAAAAUGCAACUAUUAAUAAUUGCUACAAGUGGAUUUUAAUUUUUACAAAAUUAAUAUUUUUAAAUUAUAAUAUAAAAACAUAUUAAAAUGAUUAAUGCAUUAAAAUAAUUCCUAAAAUAUCUAAUACUAAAGUUGAGAUUGCUCCAAGUGGCAUUAUAAUAUUAAAUUAAUAAUUUUUUCUAACAUUAUAAAAGCAUG